CCCAAAAUUAAAAUGCGUCUAAUAGCAGUUUUAUUCUUUUUAGUGAUAUGUUUUUUUUACUGCGUUACUUGUAAACCUUCAGGUGGAUUUGAUUAUUCUAAAUUCAUUACUGAAGAUGCAGUAAAAGAAAUAGAUGUAAACUUGACGGAAGAAAGUACCAGGUGCGUACUUUGGAUCUACUGCGACAACACGCCUACGCUAAUGGACGUUUCGUGUAAGCUGACAUUCUGGGUUGCAAUUCUAAUCAACAUUUCUUCGCCCAAGGAGAGAUUUUUCUUUUCCUAUUAUUCGUUCAGUUUGAAUGUUUUCAAAAAUAUGUCUUUCACUAAAUAAGAUUAAUUUUCAUCUAUAUAUUUUAUCAAAGAAAAAUUGAAUUUUAUUUCAUUUUUAAAUAUAAUCACAAACUGGAAU